CAUUUCUCUACCUUCUCUCUCGGCGGAGAAGGUCGAGCUCCGCUAGGGCUAGGGUUUCACUAUCUCUGGAGCUUAAUCCAUCCGCAAAGAUGGCCACCAUCCUCUCUAGUUCUUCCACUUGUCUCUCAAGGCCUGUGCUUCCUCCCAGAAGAGUGUUCUUGAGGAGUUUGACGGAGGUGAGGAGGGGGACGUUCGGUGUGGUUCCGAUGAGAGUUUGUUGUUCGGCGGAUGUCGCCCUUGGUGGCGGUGGGUUUGUUCAUGAAAAUGUUCCAAAGUUCCCUCGAAUGCGUGUGUGGGAUCCAUACAAGCGGCUGGGAGUAAGUCUUGAUGCUUCUGAAGAAGAGAUUAGAGGUGCACGGAAUUUCCUUCUUGAACAAUACGCUGGGCAUGAGCAAAGUGUGGAAUCUGUAGAAGCUGCUUAUGAGAAAAUACUAAUGAAGAGUUUCAGAGAACGAAAGAAAUCAAAAAUCAAUUUGAAAAGCAAGCUCAAGAAGAAAGUAGAGGAAUCUCCUACAUGGGUGAAGACAUUGCUAAGUUUUGUUGAACUUCCACCAAUUGAUGUGAUUCUUAGAAGACUUUUCCUCUUUGUUUUCAUGGGGGUAUGGAGUGUAUUGAAUUCAGCUGAAACUGGACCUGCUUUCCAGGUUGCACUCUCUUUAGGAUCAUGCAUCUAUUUCCUUAAUGAGAAGAUGAAAAGUCUUGCCAGAUCCUCUAUAACUGGAUUUGUUACCCUUGUUCUUGGAUGGGUCUUGGGGUCCAUAUUUGUUCCAGUGAUUCCAAUAGCCCUGCUGCCACCAACUUGGUCACUUGAACUUCUAACUUCUUUGGUGUGCUUUGUUUUCUUGUUUCUUGCUUGUACCUUUCUCAAGUAGAGCUUGUUUUGAUUCCCUUCAUUUAACAUUGUAAUUUUUAGACUUUCAUUUGUCUUCAUUGUGUCACCCAAUCAUCAAUUGCUGCAUAUUGUUAUAAUUUACGAGUGUAAAGUUUUGAUACUUUUGUCCUCUGCCUGAUAUUAUAUUGUGUAUCGUCAGCAAAUUAGUGUAGCAGUGUUGCUUCUUAUUGAGAAAUGAGAAAAAGGAGUAUUCUGAUAA